CAGAUAAUAUAAGUAGUGAAUUCUAGUAGAUUUUAUCCUCUGUGAAUUAAUGAAAUCGAGAAAAUUAUCUAAACAAAAAAUAUUUUGUAUUGUUUUUAAAUAAUAAUUAAUUAAGAUUUAUAACUUGUCAUUAUUUCAUAGCAAUCAUGUAUGCGGUCGAAAAGAAAUUCGAAAUAGAAAUGAAGUUGAAAAAGGAGAUGAGUAACAUCUUAGAGCUGAAGGCAGCAGCUAAUCGGAGUUCCAAUUUGGCUAGUGAUGUGUGUAAUGUCCUGGGAGCUUGUGAACAUCGCCUCCAGCAACUGGAGACAGCGGUAUUGCCGCUAUAUGGAGACACUGCAAGGCUGCAGCAUAUUCACCAUAACAUGGAGAAGACAGUAAAGGCUCUAGACCAUGUGAUUAACUACUACAUGGUGAGCAGAGAACUAGCUGAUCUCAUCCAAGCAGGACCCCACACGGGCUCCACUGAAUCCUUGAAUAUUUACCUUGAGGCUUUGGAUAAGUUGGCUGAAGCACAGAGCUACUUCAACAAAAACAACCCUCAAAGUGUGGAACUGGAAAAUAUUAAUCAACUGUACAAUACGGGGGUGUUAAAACUUGAGAAUGCAUUUGAGGAGCUGUUAAGUCGCAACACACGGCCUUUGUCGCCGACUACCCUCAUGGACAUGAUUGCUUUGGAAGAAGACUCGAGCGUAGACAGCGUGAGCGUGAGCGGCAGCGGGUCGACGGCGGGCGUUGCGCUGGAGACGAUGCGCGCGGCCGCGGCGUGGCUGAGCGGCGCGGGCCGCCCGCCGCACGCGCCGCUGCUGGCGGUGCGCGCGCCCGCCGUCAACUCCUCGCUCGCUGCCUUCAAGGACUACCUACGCUCGCGGACCAUGUGCGCUGAUCUUGGGAGAGGCAAAAACAUACUUCAUCGUUCCGACAGCACAACAAAGAAAACAAGCAAAAUCCAGAAAGUCUUGGAAAAGCGAGCGAACAAGAUAAUGAUGAAAGCGUCACAGACACUGGAACAAUCUACCGGACUGGCUAUUGGAUCUCGCCGUUCCAUGAACGAAUCCUACACAGAAGACGCCAACGAAGCCCUAGACGAGGGCGAGGCGGAGCUGUGCGGCUCGGUGGCGGCGUGCGUGUGCCGGCUGGCGCGGCACGAGCAGCGCCAGCUGCUGGGGCUGGUGCCGUUGCCGCGCCUGCCGGGGCUGCUGGCGCAGGUGCUCAAAGAUUGCUUCGCUACACUCGCUAGCGAUGUCGAGCGCACGUGCGCCCGGUGCCGGCGGGCGGCGCAGCGCUGCAGCCCGGGCGCGGCGGCGUGCUGGGGGCUGCUGGCGCGGCUGCUGCGGCUGCAGCCCGACGUGGAGCGAGCGCUGGCGCCCGCCUCGCCCGCCACCUACACCAGCAUCGUGCAACACACGCAGAUGCAGUGCACGAAGUCCCUGGAGGAGUGGGUGGAGGGCGUGCGCGGGGACGGGGCUGCGGGCGCGGUGGACGGCACCGUGCACCAGCUGGCCGCCGCCGCGCUGGCGCACUGCCACGCGCUCGCCAUCUACGUGCACACCAUCGGUCCUGUAUUGGCGAAUGAACCGGCAUAUGCACGUGCCGUGGGUCAACUUCUCGGUGUUCAAGACAGAGAUGCAGCUAUAUUGGCUAUUUAUAUGCGCAAAGUGCUGGCUCAGUUGAACUUGGCUCUUAGGAACAAGAGCGAACAAUAUCCUGAUGCGUUGAAGGCUAUAUUCCUUCUAAAUAACACCCUUUACCUACUUCAGGGUCUGCAACGUAGCGGGUUACUGGACGUACUGAUGUUGGCGGAGCCCGAGUGUGAAACGAACUAUCGUGACAUGAUACAGGAAUACAAGAACGCAUACUUGCAAAGUUGGAACAAAUUGCUUUCUCACUUGGUGUUAGAUGAACCUCUUCCUUCCAAAUUGCGGGACAAGGAUCGUCAGAUAUUGAAGGACAAGUUUGCGUCCUUCAACCGAGAGUGGGAAGAGUGCACCCGGGCACAACGCAGCUACAGCGUGCCCGACCUGGAGCUGCGCGAGGCGCUCAAACGAGACAACAAGCAAACGAUACUUCCUCCGUACACCGCCUUCUAUGACAGCUACGCGUCGCUUCCCUUCUCAAAGAACCCUGAUAAAUAUCUCAAAUAUACCCCAGUUCAGAUCUCUACGCAGUUAGACGGCUACUUCGACGAGGCCGCUUAGAAGUUACUGAUUAUUUAUUAUUUCUCGUCAGUGUAAUACAUCACGCCUGUAUCCCUUAAGGACUAGGUAGAGGUGUAUAGUACACCCACUCGCCAGGUAUGUUGUUUCAGUGUAAUAUAAACUGGUUAACUGCUAACAUACAACUCAUAAUACUGAAAUUAUAUAAUUAGGUUACUCACUCACUGUCAGUUAAUGUAUAUUUUGAAUUGUAUAUCAUGUAAUAUAGACAACAAUUAUAAUAAAAUUAUAUACUAUUUGUAUAAUUAUAAACGUGUUUUUAUUUAAUAAAUCGCUGGUCGUUAUACAUAUAGAGGAUCAAUUACACAACUACGGAAGAAAGAAAAAUUGGCGUGAAAAACUAUACAAUGAGGGACUAU